AAAUACUAAUUUUUAAUGAUUAGUUCUCUAUCUUUUAUUAAUCAGAAAGGAGAAAUUCUAAUCUAUAGAGUUUAUAAGGAUGAUAUCAACAGAAAUGAAAUAAUAUAGUUUUGUGCUAAAAUGAUAGCAACAAAAGAAAAUAAGGAAUCACCAAUAAUAAAUAUAGAUUGUAAAAAUAUUAAAUCUUAAUAGAAAAUAGAGACAUCAUUUAUUCAUAUAUCGAUAAAAGAUAUAAUAAUAUUGGCAACUACAAAGAUAGAUGUGAAUGUAGCAAUGGUUCUUGAAUUUUUAUAUCAAUUGGUAUUAUGAAAUCAUAAUUUGAUUAUAGACAAAAAUUUGUAAAGCAUAUUUUUAAGGGAAUUUGGAUGAAAAUUGUAUAAGAAAAAGCUUUGUUCUUAUAUAUGAAAUUUUAGAUGAAGUGCUUGAUUAUGGGAUACCUUAAAUAGCUGAUGCAAAUUUAUUAUAAAAAGUUAUUAUAAAUAAAAUGAUUAGUUUAUUUAAGAAGGUGGAAUAUAAUAAGAGACUACAAUAAACAUAGAAAGAUUAAGAUAAUUAACAUAUACAUUGACAGGAGCAAUAUCAUGGAGACCAGCGGGAUUAUAUUAUGAGAAAAAUGAAAUAUAUCUUGAUAUAAUAGAAAGUGUGAAUUUGUUGAUUUCUAGAAAAGGGACAGUUUUAAGAUCAGAGGUAGUUGGAUCGAUUGAACUUAGAAGUAAACUUACAGGGAUGCCAGAAUGUUAGAUUGGGAUGAAUGAUAAAUUAUUAAUGGGGAAAUAAGCAAGAUAUAAUAAAUAAAAUAGUGGAAUAACAAUAGAUGAUAUGAAAUUUCAUGCAUGUGUUGGAUUACCAAAAUUUGAAAAGGAUAGAAUAAUAACAUUUAUUCCACCUGAUGGACAUUUUUAAUUGAUGUCAUAUAGGAUUUCUGAGAAUAUUAAUAUUCCUUUUAAAGUGAAUGCAUUUUAUAGUGAGAUUAGAGAGAAUAAGUUAGAAAUACGAUUGAAAGUAAAAAGAUAGAGUAAAAUUAGAUAAAAUCAAUAUAUGAUCAAAAUAUUUAUGGAACAAACAUUAUAGUAAAGAUACCAGUCCCUAAGAAUAGUGUUAAUGUGAUUUCAGCUUCUAGUAUAGGAAAAGCAAAACAUGAAGUAGAAGAGUAGAGUGUAAUAUGGAGGAUUAAGAAAUUGUAAGGAGAUGUAGAAAUAUCAUUAAAGUAUAUUUUAGUAAUUAAUUAAUUUAUAGUUGUGAAAUACAAUUAGGAUUGACAACAAGAGAAGAAGUUUGGAGUAAACCACCUUUAAAAAUUGAAUUUUAGAUUCCAAUGUUUACAGCAAGUGGAUUAAGGGUGAGAUUUUUAAAAGUAAUGGAAAAGAGUGGAUAUAGAACAAAUAAAUGGAUUAAAUAUUUAACAAAAGGAGGAGAGUAUUAACAUAGAUUAUGAAU